AUGGCGUCGGUACUUCUUGCACCAGAUGCGAUGGGAGCACAGUCUUUGCUGUUGUACUUCGCUCGCAAGAAGAUGCACAGGCAUAUACACGUAGCUUGUAGCCAGCUCCUCAACAAACGUGUGAAUGAUCCAGUGCUGCUCUUCUGGAGGGCGUACGCGGUCAUGAUGGAAGGGAGGAUUACAGAAGCUGUCAGUGAAUUUGAAGCUCUGAGAGGAAAUCCUGCUGUGCAGCUCGCAGCGCUGGUGUGCCUGAAAGCCGCGCAUGAGAAAACAAAGUUUGUCGACAGGGAAGCUGUGCAGUCUGUGACGAAGGCGAUUUUCGAUGAGGAGAAGCAGAACAAAGAGGGUUCAUUCUUCAUGGGAGCUCUUGUGUGCCUGCUAAGAAAUGAUUUCAAGAAAGCAAGAGAUUACAUUUCGAAAGUGCUAGAGUUCCAACCAAACUACCCGCAGGCAAAGAGCGUGAAUGGCUGGAUCGAGCUUCUGUCUGGGACAGAGAUCAAGGCGAAGAAAUCCAUCGAGCUGUUCGAGGCAGCCAUGGAAGCAAAUCCGAAUGAUAUCGAAGCGGUCCUUGGAAAGGCAGCUUUCUUGGAGAGAUACAAGCCGCUGCCCGAGGCAAUUGAGUUCAUGAAUCAAUUCAUCGUCAAAUUCAGCUGGUUUGCUCCUGCGAUCACAGAGAAAGCAAGGCUGCUGAUUGCUGGAGGGGACUGGGAUCAAGCCAUCGAGUCUGUGAAUAGAGCCUUGAACUUGGACGGAAAUAACUUGGACGCUCUCAUGAUGUCUGCGCUGCACGCCCUGGUGAAGGAAAGCAAAUUUUCAGUGGCAUCUCAACGAAUCGGAGAACUCUUUGAAAUCAUCAAGGAGUGCGAGCCUUACAACCCUGAGAUUAUCUGCACGUGUGCCUCUGUCUUCUCCCGCCUGUGUGCAAGAAACACAACAAUAUUGAAUCAAUGCAUACAAAUGAUGAAGAUGGUUACGGAGAUGGAAAGGUCAUCUGUCUACAUGGCAGAAUUGGCAUAUCAAUAUUUCUUGAUGUCCAACUUCAAAGAGGCAUUGCAGAGAUAUCAGGAGGCGUACAAUCUUGAUGAACUGAACAUGAAUGCGGCGUACUGGAAAAUUAUAUGUCAGAUCUUUCUUGGAGAUAUGGAAGAAGCGUCACAGCAAUUUGAAUUUUUGAAUGCCAUACAUGGCGACUCAGCAACGGGCAAAUCGACCGAGUUGUGCUACAUCGGUGCGCUCUUAGCGAUGAAGUUGGAAAAGAAUACAGAAUCCUCCAUCAUGAAACUGGAAGAAACAGCAACAUUCCACAUGGAACAGUUCAACAAGUCUUCCAUCUCAUUCGAUUAUAUCAUUCGCUUCAAUCCAGACUUCUUAUUGCAGGCGACGAGAGACCUGCUCGAGUACGCUGGAAGUGAGUGUCCCCCGGAAGGAGAAUCUCCAUCUCCUGUCUUGUCAAAAGCGAUCAAGAUAUUGGAUGGAGUGUCCAAACUUGCUCCCGGCAUGCUAGAAGUACAAAUUCUGCUGGCGAAAUCGAGAUACUUGGCCAGAGACUUCGAGGUGAGAUACUGUGUGUUUGACUUCAUGCGCUUGAAGAUGGAUCCUACCCACUAUGCUUCGCACAUGCUCAUGGCACAAAUUUACAUGGAAAUGGGAAGGUUCAAUGACGCAAACUCUUCUCUCGAGCUGGCUCUUUCCCACAAUUUCGAGAUCCGGGAAUCGCCCGUAUAUUUCCUCCUCAAGAGCAUCAUUCACGAGAGGAGUGGCGAGUGGAGUCAAGCUUUGAAGGUGCUAGAAAGCGCUAUGAAGUUGCCUGGAGCGUCAACUGCAAGAAACGCUCCUUCGCAGGACCAACGGGCAUCGAUCUUCAUUCAUCUUGCCAAGGUACAAACAAGACCGAUUGCCAUUGAGCUUGCAUCACCGCACCAUUUUCAUCAGGUCCAGAAUGAACUUGGACAGACACAUGAGGCAAGCAAGACGAUUCAAGAUGCAAAGGGAGAGUUCCAUGGCACUCCCUCCCACGCGCAGAUCAUCCUCCUGGAUGCUGAACUAGCGUUGAAGAGAGGAGACGUCCAGUCUGCUCUGAUCCUACUCAAGGGUAUCAGCUCAGACUCCCCCUACUAUGUGAAGGCCAAGAUUGCUGUGGCCAACAUUCACCUCAAUCAUCGUCACAACAAGAAGUUGUAUCUCCGCUGCUAUGAGGAGCUUGUAGAGCGAAACGAGACCAUCGCCACUCUCUGCAUGCUAGCAGAGGCAUACCUGAGGCUCCAAGAACCAAAUAUGGCUGUGGAAAAGUUCAAGAGAGCCAAAGAGCUUGAAGAUACAACCGGCAAAGGAUCAGGAACGAACUUGGCCGCGAAGAUCGGACAGGCCAUGGUCAGCUCGCACGACUUUGAUGGAGCUAUCCAGUACUUGCAGUCUGCGUCGGAGCAACAGCCCAACGUCCUGAGCCUUCGGCUGUCCCUUGCUGAGUUGUUCAUGAAGCUCGGUAAAUAUGAUUCGGCCCUCGAUGUUUGCGCAAAGGCAAAGAAAUUCCUGCAAGCUGCGGACAAUGUGGAAGCGAUGAUAUCAUCCACCAAGAUCUACUUGUUGGAGGCAAAGGUCCACAAGCUUGCGGGGAAGCAAGAACGUUACAAGGAUUCUCUGAUGCUUGCUCGAGAAGAGCAGCUCAAGAUUCUCGGGCGGAUGAGAGGAGAAGCUUCUUCCUUGCUGCGCCACCAGCGCACUCUCGCUGCCAACAUCUGCUCGGACUUGGCGAAAUACAUGGAGAGCAUCAAGAACUACACAGAGUCCCUUCGAUUCUACGGCGAGGCGCUGAAACAUGAUGAGAAGCAUGCAGAUGCCAUGUUGUCCCUCGCGCGUCUGCAUAUGGACAGAGACGAGCUGGACGAGGCGAAGAAGCAAUGCUCGGCCUUGCUCAAGUUUGACCUAGAAGUCGAGGCAGCAACCAUGAUGCUGGCAGACAUCAUGUUCCGCAGCAACGACUUCGAUGAUGCCAUCAAGUACUUCGCGCAGAUCCUCGAGAGAAACCCCAACAACUACAAGGCGCUGGAGCAGCUCAUUCUGCUUGUCCGUCGUGCUGGACGGCUGCUGGACACCAAGAAGAAAGGGAGGAUAAGCGAAGCGACACGUUUUCUCAAACUUGCCGAAAGAUCAUCAGCCCGUGCCUCAUUCGACGCUGGAUUCCACUACUGCAAGGGUCUCUUCUGCAGAUUCUCUAGGAACUUGACGGAGGCGCUAGAGGAACUCAAUCAGGCAAGGAAAGAUGGAGAAUGGGGGGCCAAGGCUAUCACCCAAAUGAUAGAGAUUUACUUGGACACGGAUGAAGUAGGAGAGGAAUUGUUGUCGACCCAGAAGAAGAUUGACAACGUGAAGAUGGCAAGUGAUCUGAGAAAGGAAUUGGGCGACAAAGGAACAGAAAAACCGGUCAAGUUACAACUCUAUGCAGCAUAUGAGCAGCUCUGUCUACAGACGAAGAGCUCGGUGGAGAAUGCAGUGAAUUUGUUCACGGACAUUCUGAACAUAGAGAAGGAUUCUGUUUCAGCUCUUCUUGGUUUGUCCUUGGCUCUCCGACUCCUCAAGCAGGAUGCUAAAGCCAGAAAUCACCUGAAGAGAAUCUCAAAGAUGCAGUACAACUCUGAGGAAGCAGAGGAAUUCGAGAAGUCGUACUUGCUCCUAGCAGACAUCUACAUCCAGUCAAACAAGAAUGACCUCGCUCAGGAAUUGUGCCGCAAGUGUCUGACACACAACAAAUCCUGUGCAAAGGCGUGGGAGUAUCAGGGAUUGAUCUAUGAGAAGGAAGCAUCCUAUGCCGAUGCUGCUCAGGUGUAUGAAAUGGCAUGGCAAUUUGACAAUAAGCGCAAUGCGUCUGUUGGAUACAAACUAGCUUUCAACUUUCUAAAGGCAAAGCGAUACAUCGAUGCAAUCAACAUCUGCCAUGCGGUGUUAAAGCUUCAACCAGGAUAUGAAAAGAUCAAGACAGAGAUCUUGGAGAAGGCUCGAGGUUCCAUCAGAUUGUGAGAACUAUGAAUUGCAUUAAAUCGUUCUCAUGUCCUC